AUGUCUCACAAGCCAGCGUCAGCCCUGAAGACCAUCCCCCUCAUCUGGCCCUUUGCUGUUUGGGGACUGGAUAUGGUUGGACCACUGAGUACUGGCACGAGUGGCUUCACUCAUGUGCUCGUUGCAGUCGACAAGUUUACCAAAUGGAUCGAAGCUAAACCUAUCAAGAACCUUGAUGCUAGCACCGCUGUCAGUUUUAUCAGAGAAUUGACAUUCAAAUAUGGAGUCCCACACAGCAUCAUCACGGACAACGGAUCGAACUUCGAUUCCGACGAGUUCAGAGCUUUCUGCGCCUCUCAGGGCACUCGAGUCGACUAUGCUUCUGUCGCUCACCCGCAGUCGAACGGACAAGCAGAAAGAGCCAAUGGCCUAAUUCUCAAAGGACUGAAACCCCGACUGAUGCGUGAUCUCAAACACGCAGCAGGCGCUUGGGUUGACGAACUUCCAUCAGUUCUGUGGGGUUUGAGGACAACUCCUAAUCGGUCAACCAGACGAACUCCUUUCUUCUUAGUCUAUGGAGCCGAAGCUGUUUUGCCAAGUGAUCUGCUCCACAAUGCACCCCGAGUUGACCUCUUCUCUGAAGAGGAGGCAGAGCAGGCCCGGCAAGAUUCAGUCGAUCUCUUAGAGGAGGAAAGAGAGAUGGCCUUGAUCCUCUCGACCAUUUAUCAGCAAGACCUACAUCGAUUCCACGCCAGAAAUGUGAGGGGUCGAGCCUUUCAAGAGGGAGACCUGGUCCUUCAAGUGGAUCAACAGAAACCACACAAGCUUGGGAUGGGCAUUCCGAUGUCCCGACUCAGUGAGAGCAACAUGCAGUUCCACAGAGUCCUCCCAGGAAAGAAAGCGAAAUCACUCGGGCAGAUUGCUUUGGAUGUGGUUUCGAUCAGUCAGAAUGUGGAGGCGUAUAUGGAUGACAAUGUGGUUAAGUCACGCAAAGGUUCCAACCUGUUGACUGACCUCGCUGAAACCUUUGCUAAUCUAAGAAGGACUGGUAGAAGUGGCUUCACCCAUCUGCUCGUGGCAAUCGACAAGUUUACAAAGUGGAUCGAGGCCAAGCCCAUCAAGAAGUUAUAUUCACGUACGACCAUCAAGUUUGUGAAGGAAUUGAUCUUCCGGUAUGGAGUUCCACAAAGCACCAUCGCAGACAAUGGUUCAAACUUUGAUUCGAAAGAAUUCAGAGAGGGGAGGACUCGCACGCUCAACGAAGGUUCCCAGGUUAGUGCCGUCGGCUAUGCGAGUAGCUGCCUCGAUGAAAGUGUCCAUGAAGGAUUGAAAGUGGAGCUGCAUCAUAUUAGCCACCCGGAGAGCUUUCAGCUUGUCUUCUUUGGCAUCUUUGCAAUGGACUCGGAUGAGUGA